CUGUUAGAAAACAACAAAUAUCUGUUUGACCAAAACUUGAGGAAGUGAAAUAUCCUAACGAUCUGGUCUGGAGGAACUAGACGUCUUCUGCCUUCAGCACAUUUGAGUCUGACAGGAAAGAUUAGAACAGUUUUCGAGCUGGUGUCUGAGAAAACUAAAUUUAUUUCCAAAUUUAUCUUCAUUGAUUGUCCCACAGCAGGAAAAUGCCUGAAGCUGAAGUUCUUUACUCUGAUAUUAAGAUCAAGAUCAAAAGAGCGAGGGGAAACACAGAUGUGGCCACACCCUCUACAGAUGAACCCACUUAUUCCGAAGUCAAGACCUCAAAAGCUCAGAGACCUGCAGAGCUGCCUGUCUCCAAACAACCUGCAGCAUCAAACAGGCGAUCGGGGGUCACAUCGGAGCGAGUGGCCCUGCUGGUCCUCAGUGUUCUCCUGGCAGCUGCUGUCAUAGCUCUUGGUGUAACCCUUCAUGAAAAUACUCAAACCAAGAAGAGUCUCCAAAAGAGUCAAGAUGAGGCAAAAAAUCUCACAGAAAUACUCAGUAAGAGAGAACCAUCCAAAGUGGAGCAGCCAUGUAAACCUCCUUCAGUAAGAAAGGAAACAUGUCCGAGCUGCGAGGACGGCUGGGAGCCACAUGGAGGAAAGUUGUACUUCUUCUCCUCCUUUACUUUAAGCUGGAAUGAGAGUAGAAGACAAUGCAAAUCAAUGAGAGGAGACCUGGUUGUGAUAAACAGCGAAAAGGAGCAGAGAUUCCUGGAGUCUAAAGUGAGGGAAAAAAUGGACGAACCUGAGGAAAAGUUUUGGAUCGGACUGACAGACUCAAAGAAAGAGGGUGAAUGGCUUUGGGUGGACGACACACAACUGGAUCCAAGUUUGAAGUUUUGGCUUGAGGGCGAGCCAGACAACUGGAGAGGGGAGAAUCCUGAUGGAGAGAACUGUGUGAGGAUGGGGGAGAAAAACAAACCCAAGGACCUGAAUAUCUGGGUCGAUAAAUCCUGCAAAUCGCCUCAAAAAAGUAUUUGUGAGAAACCAGAAAAAAAAAGCAUGAGCCUGAAUCCAGUUGGAUCAGAUUGAGCUCGAGUCCUCAGCCACUUUCACAAACUGAGGCAUGAAGCUUUAUUAAUGAAGAUCUUCUCCAGACAUAAACAACUUUGAACAAUAUCUAGAGUCUCAUAUGUUCUUCAGUUUCCUUCUUAUUUUAAAGUGACGUCUACUCCUCCCUCAUAUAAAAUCUAUGAAUAUUAAAUAUAAUAUAUAAUA